GGUGACAACAGGCAGCAGAAAAAUGAGCUGCUGAGACAACUUUGGCUUUUUUGCCAGAAAAUGUAUGUUUUCGCUUCCAAAUUCCAAAUUCUACGAUUGAAGACAUUGAAGUAACCAACAGAGGCAAAAAUCUGUGAAGGGGGCAAGGCUGACCAUCAACAUAUACCACAAUGGCACAGUUCUGAUCCAAGGACCAGAAGCUGGUCUCAGUGAAUUUCAGGCUAAAUUUGGACUAUUGAAGAGAGAGGUCCAAAAAGUCCUGGAAAAUCCUGAGAGAAAAGACCAAAUCGAUGAAAAGCCAGUUGCCAUCAAGGUGAGAAUUGACGAAUCCUGCCUCAACACACCCCUAUUCCAUCCAAAGGCUCCCACUUCUCCCAGAAUAAGAGCACUACAAGACAACUUCUCUCUACUGGAACAGGACUACUUCGUAUUUAAAGAAGAAACUACCAACAACAUCUGCCAGCUCCAAGACCGGGUCAUCCAGAUCAGCAACCCCAAUGUGCAGCUUCAACAGCUAUGCACUGCUAUGAGGCAGCUGGAGGAGGCCAACAAGGAGGUGAGACGAGAGUUGACAAGUGUGAAGCAAGAACUGUCCAAGAGAGAACAACAUACACAGGCUCUGGAGAGUCAACUGGAGGAGAUGAGGACCGAGCUAAGGUCGAAAACCUCUCUCACUAGCAACACCUCAAGCAGAGCACAGAAACAACAUGUGACCUCACAGAUGGACAAUGCCUCUUUGUCUACACCAUCACAGCAUACCCAAAGUCUGAUAGACGAAAAGGAUUGUGGCAGAGAGGAAAGCUUACGAAGACCAAGUUCGCUCAUCGCAGGCGACAUCAGAUCCAACUACAACAUCAACAGCAUCAACAGUCCCACUUUGAACUGCAACAGUCACUCUUCCAACAGCUACAACAACAACAGCAGCAACAGGAACACUUCCAGCAGCAACAGCAACAACAACAACAACAACAGACAUGCAGCCAGCAGCCACAGCAACAUUGACAUCAGAUGUGGAAUCAGCGGAGAAAAGGAAAAGGACAUCAUUAUCCUCUGUGACUCAAACGGCAACCACCUAAAUCCAAGGAGGCUGUUUCCUGAAAGGUCAGUAAGGAAAAUGUGGUGUCCUACUGUCCAGUCGACUGUAAAGCUGCUGAGAGAGGGUAGGCUGAACAAGCCCUCCCAUAUAAUUGUCCACACAGGGACUAUUGACCUUGGCAACCAAAACACAGAUGUGGCAAAAGCCUUGACCAAUUUAGCCAAGAUGGCAACCAACCUAUAUCCAAGCUCAAAGAUCAUCAUAUCAACACUUCUACCACGAAAGGACAUUCCAGACAGAACCAUCAACUCCAUAAACAAAGAAAUCGACAAGGCAUGUGCAUGUAUGCCAAAUGUACAAAUAGCCCACCAGACUCAAAUCACAAGGGAGCAUCUGUAUGAUCGCUUGCACAUACAUGAAGGUGGGAUGAGACUUUUUGCAAGGGUAAUCAAAGACACUGCUUUGAACAGAAAACAGAAACAUCCAGUUAAAGAGAUGACUAAUACACCCGAAGUACAGACAGAAAGCCGAACAACUGUAGUAGGUAGAGAAGUUAGAGUAACCGAGUUAAGCAAUAUUGAAGAAAUGCUAAAAUUUAUUUGUGAACAAUUAACAUGCCCAGGCUCCAUGUCUGCCAGAUAGAGACCUGCAUGUGUGUGUAUGGGUGUGUGUGUCUGUGUGU